AGUUCCGAAGAUGCAGCUAUUCACACAAGUUAUCCUUUUGGUCGUGACUCUGAUCAGCGUCAGUGCCGUGCCGCGUUUUGGAGAGGAUUCGGGUAUCGAGGGGGUCCUUUUCCGCAUGGUCGUCGGUGAGGCUGAAGGACGUGCCCUGACUCCCGCUGCCCAGACUUGUGCCAGCAACUACCUGAACACCACCCAGAACAACGGCGACAAGCUGGCCAAUGCCACCAAUGCCUGCGAGGAGGCAGCCAACCGCACCCAGGUGUCCUACACCCAGAACAGCAACUCCACCGUCAGCCAGAUCCGCCUCCAGUUGUUGAACCUGGAGCAGAACCUACAACUGUGCCGCAAUGAGACCGACUCGGCUCUCUUCCUCAACUGCACUGUGACCACUUUCGACAAGAACCUGCAGCUGCUGGACACCUCCAACUCUCAGGCCUACCAGACCCAGUCUCAGUUCGUGUCCAAUGCCACCCAGGUGAACUCCCAGAAGACCAGCUGCAUCAGCUCUGCUGUGAGCGAGGCCAAGGUUCAAUCCAUCCAGGCGGCCAAUGACUUCAACACUUGUCUGGACAAGAUCGCCGCCCAGCGGGAUACUCCUCAGCAAAAGGUGCAGCAACACCAGGUGGAGCAGCAGGUGGUCCCCACCAUUCCUAAGGAACAGGUCCCCGAGAGGCCCCAGCAGCAGUUCAACGAGCUGCCUUUGACUAACUAA